AUGGGAAACCUCUUUUGGAUUGGCAUUGUUGCAGCACUUGUUUUUGGCUUCUGGGUUGAUGCCUUUUCAGCCUAUCAGUAUCACCACUUCAAUGAAACCGAGUUCUCUUUGUUGGAGGCUCAAGAACAAGCAUAUUCGUCCCUCUUUGGGAGGUUUCCUCUCAUGGUAGGACUCACACUCAUUCAAAGUGCUGCUGCCAAAGGAGCAGUUUGCUUGGAUGGAACAUUGCCUGGUUAUCAUUUACAUCGGGGAUAUGGAUCAGGAGCAAACAGCUGGAUCGUUAAUUUAGAGGGAGGUGGGUGGUGUAAUGACGUUAGAUCAUGUGUUUAUCGCAAGAAAACACGGCGAGGGUCAUCAACAUUCAUGGAGAAACAGAUUCCGUUUACAGGAAUAUUAAGCAAUAGCGCUGAAGAUAAUCCAGAUUUUUUCAACUGGAACAGAGUGAAAAUUCGUUAUUGUGAUGGUGCAUCGUUUGCCGGGGAUGGUGAACAUAAGGCUGCUCAACUGCAAUUUAGAGGACAACGUAUAUGGUUGGCUGCAAUUGAAGAUUUGAUGUCAAAGGGAAUGCGAUUUGCCAAGCAGGCUCUUCUUUCUGGAUGCUCGGCUGGUGGUCUGGCUACUAUUAUACACUGUGAUGAAUUUCGAGGUUUUUUCCCACACACUACCAAAGUGAAGUGUCUCAGUGAUGCAGGGUUAUUUCUUGAUGCGAUUGACGUGUCUAGGGGACAUACCAUCAGGAAUUUUUUCAGUGGUGUCGUAGGGUUGCAGGGAGUGCAGAAGAAUCUGCCGGCCAGUUGUACUAAUCACCUCGAUCCCACCUUGUGCUUCUUCCCUCAAAACUUGAUUGCCGGCGUUAGAACCCCACUAUUCAUUCUUAAUACUGCCUAUGACUCAUGGCAGAUCCAAUCAAGCUUAGCUCCUUCAUCAGCAGAUCCCCGUGGCUAUUGGCAUGAUUGUAGAUUAAAUCAUGCUAAAUGUACUGCUUCACAAAUCCAAUAUUUGCAAGGAUUCAGGAAUCAAAUGCUUAAUGCUAUGAAAGGCUUCUCAAGAUCAUAUCAGAAUGGAUUGUUCAUAAACUCAUGUUUUGCUCAUUGCCAAUCUGAGAGGCAGGAUACAUGGUUUGCGGACAACUCUCCUGUUGUCGGUAACAAGGCAAUUGCUUUGGCUGUUGGAGACUGGUAUUUUGACCGAGCAGUUGUUAAGGCCAUUGAUUGUCCUUACCCCUGUGAUAAUACAUGCCACCAUCUUGUCUUCAGAUGA